AUGUUGCCAUUGCAGCGAAGCCUACCGAAAGCCCACGCGAGAAGGGGUGAUGGCCGAACGCCACCGUUUCCAAUGCGAGCCCCGAGCAGCCUUGCCAGGGAAACCGUUUAUCAGGCUGGUUGGCUUGGCAUGGAGAAGUGUGUCGCAGCAAACAAGACGAAACGAGGCGUGAUACAGGCGGGAAACAUGGUCGACCAGCCGCCAGCGAUGCAUACCAUGUCCGUACAAAGGCGACCGUCGGUCGACCCCCAAUCUGUCAUUGGGUCGCGAGCGAGGCUGGUGGGCGGCGGCCGAGCGACGAGACGCCGUCGCGUCGCCGUCAAUCGCCGUGUUCGCCUCGCAGGGUCCGGUCCGGCUCGAGGUUUCCAGCCCAGCGCUCGAGCGCCGCCGGCAUCCCGCCCUGUGUUUCAGGCUUGGCAGAGCAGCUUGUUUGAGCCUUGA